UCACCAACUACGAGAUUGAGCUCCUGAAGAAGUCGGCGGCCGAAAUGGCCAGCCAGAUCCCCGAGGGAGCCAUAGUGGUGGAGCUGGGCAGCGGAAACCUGCGCAAAGUAUGCCUCCUCCUGCAGGCGUUUGAAGAUGCCAAAAAGAAGAUUGACUACUUCGCGCUCGACCUGUCCCAGAAGGAGCUUGAGCGCACGCUCGCCGAGGCGCCGGCCUUUGAAUACGUGAGCUGCCGGGGCUUGCGCGGGACGUACGACGAUGGGUGCGAGUGGCUGAAGCAGGAGGCGAUUCUGGCUCGCCCAAAGUGCAUUUUGCACCUCGGCUCCAGCAUUGGCAACUUUACGCGCGACGAGGCGGCGGAAUUCCUGAGGUCGUUUGCAGAGGUUCUGCAGCCCUCGGAUCUCAUGAUUGUCGGGGUUGAUUCUUGUCAGAGCCCGGACAAGGUGUACAAGGGCGUUACACACCAAUUCGUCCUCAAUGGCCUCACUCACGCAAACGAGGUCCUCGGCCAGGAAGUCUUCAACGUCGAAGAGUGGCAAGUCACUGGCGAGUACGUCUACGAUGUCGACGGCGGCCGUCACCAGGCCUUUGUCUCGCCUCUCGAGGUUGCCUCGGUCCUGGGACACAUCAUCAAGCCUCACGAGCGCAUCAAGAUCGAGCAGAGCUUCAAGUACUCCGACGUCGGUCUCGACAAGCUGUGGAAGACGGCGGGCCUCGAUGAGGUUGCCAAAUGGAGCCACCAAGGCGAAUACGGCCUUCACAUGCUCAAGAGAGCCAAGAUGCCCUUUCCAAGGCUCCGCGAGCUCUACGCCAGCGACACCCUGCCCACCUGGACCGACUGGGAGAAUCUCUGGGCGGCCUGGGACACGGUCACCCGCAGGAUGCUCCCCGACGCGGAGCUCAACGAGAAGCCCAUCAAGCUGCGCAACGCCUGCAUCUUCUACCUCGGCCACAUCCCGGCCUUUCUCGACAUCCAGCUGAAGAAGACGACCCAGGCCGGCGGCACCGAGCCGCUCUACUUCCACACCAUCUUCGAGCGCGGCAUCGACCCGGACGUCGACAACCCGGAGAUGUGCCACGACCACUCCGAGGUCCCGGACGAGUGGCCGCCCCUGGAGGACAUCCUGGCGUACCAGGACCGCGUCCGCGAGAGGCUCCGCAAGCUGUAUGCCAGCCCCGACGAGCUUCCCGGAGACGUCCGCCGCGCCGUCUGGAUCGGCUUCGAGCACGAGGCGCUUCACCUCGAGACGCUGCUGUACAUGCUGCUGCAGAGCGACAAGACGCUUCCGCCGCCGCACACGGUCGUUCCGGACUUCCCAAAGAUGGCCCAGAAGGCGUAUGCGGCGCGGGUGCCGAACCAGUGGUUCGACGUGCCGGAGCAGACGAUUACCCUUGGCAUGGACGAUCCUGAGGACGAGCACGAUGUGAACCGACAUUUUGGAUGGGACAACGAGAAGCCUGCCAGAAAGGCGACUGUGCCUGCCUUCCAGGCCAAGGGCAGACCCAUCACCAACGAGGAGUACGCCAAGUACCUCUACUCUUCUCACAUCGAGAACCUCCCGGCCUCCUGGUCGGUCAUCCCCCCCAAUUACCACCACAACACCAACGCCACGACGCCCGGGAAGCCCAUCCUGAGCGAGCUCCCCGAGAGCUUCCUCCACGACAAGGCGGUGCGGACCGUCUACGGGCUGGUGCCCCUGCGCUACGCCCUCGACUGGCCUGUUUUCGCGUCGUAUGACGAGCUUGCCGGUUGCGCGGCGUGGAUGGGCGGCAGGAUCCCGACGAUGGAGGAAGCAAAGAGCAUCUAUGCGUAUGUGGAGAGGCAGAAGGACAUUGCCAAGCAGAGCAAGCUGUCCAACAAGGUUCCAGCCGUCAACGGGCACCUCGUCAAUGACGGCGUCGAAGAGACCCCCCCAUCGGCAAAGCCCUCCCCGGCCUCCCUCUUCGUCGACCUCAGCACCACCAACACCGGCUUCCUCCACUGGCACCCCGUUCCCGUGACCCCCCGCGGCGGCUCCCUCGCCGGCCAGGCCGAGCUCGGCGGCGUCUGGGAGUGGACGAGCUCCGUGCUGCGCCCGCACCAGGGGUUCCGCCCCAUGAGCCUCUACCCGGGCUACACGGCCGACUUCUUUGACGAGAAGCACAACGUCGUGCUGGGCGGGUCGUGGGCGACGCACCCCCGGAUUGCCGGCAGGAAGAGCUUCGUGAACUGGUAUCAGCGGAAUUACCUGUAUGCCUGGGUUGGGGCUCGAUUGGUGCGGGACGUGUGAGGGGGGG